CAAAAUCUGCAACUCACUCUCUUUCUCACCAACACAAGUGAGAGCCUCAAAAGCAAAAUGCAGAGCCUUCACCAAUCCACCGGCCUGUUCAACCCGUCGACGGCGACGGAGAAGCCGUUCCUCAACGGCACCGGCGCCGGCAUUGCCUCCCUCGCCACGAGGCCGUCGCCCACCAAGUUCUCCAAAGUCGUCAAGGGAACCAACCCGGUCAACCCGGGUCGGGUCCGGCAAUCCGGGGCGGCCGUGAAGGCGAUCCUCGGCGGGCUGGCGGCGCUCAACCCGCUCGCCGCCGUGAAGGUGAAGGCCGUCGUCACCGUGAAGCAGACCGUCGGCGGGUUUCUGGCAGACACCGUGCUGGUGCCCAACACCGUUGCUGACUUGCUGGGGACUUCCAUGAUCUUGGAGCUCAUUCCCGCCGAGCUUGAUCCCAAGACGGGAAAGCCGAAGCCGACGGUGAGCUCGUUGGCUAGCUUCGCCGGGAUAAAUGGCACGGAGAUCAAGUACCAAGCAUCGUUCGGCUUGUCGGCCGAUUUCGGUACGGUCGGAGCGGUUCGAAUUGACAAUUUGCACAUCAGGGAGAUGUUCCUCAAGGACAUCGUCCUUGAAGGCUUCGCCACCGGCUCCGUCAACAUCGAGUGCGAGUCCUGGGUUCCGGCCAAGAUCUCCGGCAAGCCCAAAAGGGUCUUCUUCACUACCAAGUCGUACUUGCCAUCUGAUACGCCAACGGGGUUGAAGAAGUUGCGAACUGAUGAGCUUGUGGUUCUGCGAGGGAGUGGCCAAGGUGAGCGCAAGAAAGGCGACAGGAUAUACGACUACGACGUCUACAAUGAUCUCGGCAACGCAAGACCUGUAUUGGGUGGUAAAGAGAACCCUUACCCCAGGCGAUGCAGAACAGGACGACCACGAUCAUCCAAAAGUAAUCCAGAAGACGAAACGAGGGCGCUUUACUUUUAUGUGCCUCGUGAUGAGGAGUUCUCAGAGAUUAAGACUGCGCAGUUUGGGGUGAAGACGUUGUACUCAGCUUUGCACGCCUUGGUGCCAACUCUGGAGACCAUACUCAUCGACCCUAAGCUUGGGUUCCCACACUUCACAGCCGUGAACAACUUGUUCGACCAAGGGCUCAACUUGCCUCCCUAUUCGCAGACAAAUCUUGUAUCUUUCCUGCCGACGCUCAUCAGGAACUCAGCUGAAGCUAGCAAUGAUGUGUUGCAGUUUGAGGUCCCUCCAACGAUGGACAUCAAUUGUAAAUGUAUAACUGAAAAGAUUUUGUAUGUAACUCCAGGAAACAGCUUUUUCUGGUUCACUGAUGAGGAAUUUGCUAGGCAGACACUUGCUGGUGUCAACCCAUGCACCAUACAGUUGAUCAAGGAGUGGCCUAUUAUGGGUACCCUGGACCCUGCCGUCUAUGGACCUCAAGAGUCUGGAAUCACUAAAGAACUCAUUGAGAAAGAAAUCAGAGGCUAUACAACACUGGAUGAUGCCAUCCAACAAAAGAAGCUAUUCAUGCUCGACUACCAUGAUGUCUUGCUGCCAUUUGUGGGCAAAACCAGAGAGCUCGACAACACGACAUUAUACGGGUCACGAACUGUAUUCUACCUCUGCCCAGCCGGCACAUUGAGGCCUCUAGCAAUCGAACUCACUCGACCACCACUCGACGGAAAGCCACAAUGGAAGAAAGUGUAUGUUCCGAACUAUUCCUCUGCUACAGAUGUCUGGCUGUGGAGGUUCGCCAAAGCUCAUGUCCUGUCCCACGACUCUGCCUAUCAUCAGCUCAUCAGUCACUGGCUGAGAACCCAUUGCUGCACAGAACCCUACAUAAUUGCAGCGAAACGCCAGCUCAGCGCGAUGCACCCAGUCCACCGGCUCUUGCUCCCUCACUUCCGAUACACGAUGGAGAUCAACGCGCUGGCACGACAAGCUCUGAUCAAUGCUGGUGGAGUCAUUGAGUCGAAUUUCGCCCCUCUCAAGUACUGCAUGCAGGCUAGCUCCGCGAUCUAUGGCCAAUCUUGGCGUUUCGAUAAGGAAGGACUUCCUCAUGAUCUGAUUAACCGUGGACUGGCUGUGGAAGACCCAUCAGCACCACAUGGUGUGAAGCUAACAAUUGAAGACUACCCGUACGCCAACGACGGCCUCCUCAUCUGGGACUCCAUCAAGACAUGGGUGACCGACUACGUCAACCAAUACUACCCAGACUCCCAAUCCGUCUCCUCCGACGCCGAGCUCCAAGCAUGGUGGUCCGAAGUCCGCAACCAGGGCCACGAGGACAAGAAAGACGAGCCGUGGUGGCCGACCAUCUCCACCCAACAGGACCUCGUCGAGGUCUGCACCACCAUCAUCUGGGUCGUCUCGGGCCACCACGCAGCGGUAAACUUCGGGCAGUACGCGUUCGGGGGUUACUUCCCGAACCAGCCGACCACCGCCAGGGUGAAAAUGCCCGACGAGGACCCGACGGAGGACGAGUGGAAGCUGUUCAUCGAGAAACCCGAGCUGGCGCUUCUCGCCACCCUGCCGUCCCAGAUUCAGGCAACCACGGUGAUGACUGUGCUGGACGUGCUGUCGGCUCAUGCCCCCGACGAGGAGUACCUCGGAGGGCUGAUCGAGCCUGCGUGGCGCGACGAUCCGAACGUGAAGGCUGCUUUCGAGAAGUUCAAUGGCAGGCAGAAGGAGAUCGAGGGGGAGAUCGACGCGAGGAAUGCGGAUUCGUCGAGGAAGAACAGGAGUGGAGCUGGGGUCUAUCCUUAUGAGUUGCUGAAGCCGUUCUCGGAGAGUGGAGUUACUGGUAAGGGAGUUCCGUAUAGCAUUUCCAUUUAG